AUGGAGAUCGAACUCGCCGACGUGUCCGUUGACGCGAGUGUGUGGGACGUGAAACGAGCCAUCGGACAUAUCCUGCAUAGCGAUGACUUCUUCAAUCCCACCGAUCCUAAGGAUCGUCCCGUCAAUUUCCAAGUUAAACUGAAUCCUGGGCAUGGUGGCGUGCAGAACAACGGCACCGGUAAACUCAUCCUGGGCUCGCGGAAGAUUGGAGAUAAAUUCCUGAAAUGGCUGCACGAUGACGGGAAUGAGGUGCGUAUCAAUACACGCAAGAUGCGAUUCUUUCGCAGCAAGAGCAAGCCCGCGCAAGGUUUAGCACUUACUCUGGAGAAGACACCUUAUCUCGAUCCCGAUAUCGAGGAGGAGAGGGAGCAGAAGCUGGAGAAACUGGAUGUUGGUCUUCAUGUCGACAUCGUUCAGUUCGGUGUGUUUUACCGUCGCAAAGGAAGUCCAAAGAGUGUCCCCAGGGCUUUCUCUACCGAACUUGAGAUCAGUCAUGAAGAUAAGGGUGCAGGUCUACUUUGGUUCGAGUACGACCACAAGCUGAUUAGGGUGCAAAUGGGCGACAAAAUGACGGAAGAGAUAGCCCUCAAUAUUGUCAUUUCGUUCGCAAACAUCCGCAAAAUUGCGAUAGGCCUCGAUUGGGGUAAACCAUUUCUUUGCUUCGAUCUCUUAACCCCGCCAAUACUCCAAAAAGAGCGCUUCAACCGCGAGUUGACAGAAAAUUGGGGCGACAAACGGAAAUUUCGCCAGAGGCUCAGUAGUCUCAACGAAGCGCACGCAGUUGUUGCUCCUUACGCACAUCAGCUGCGGAUGGUACUUCAUGAAGAGAAGGAUAUCGUUGCCUUUGCCGAGCUCUGUACAGUAGCAGGGCUUCAGCCUCCCGUGCGGGCGAAUGUCGAGGCGUCCUCGCGCGGAUUCUUCCGCCCAAAGCCACUCCACACAGUCGAACUUUGGGUCCGUAAAUUUAGCUGGCCCGUUGCUUUCCAGAUCGAGGCGCUCCUUCGCAACGCCCUCGUCAACACCGAUGACCUUCUUACCGAGUUAUACAAGCCAAUCAACGACCUCUGUCAGCAACAUCCGACAGCUGCUGCAGAUGCCCUGCGUCAUUUCACAGAAGCUCUCCGUUCUCGGGAUUCGUUUGAAAGCCCCCUGGAAUGUUUCCACCGCGUCAAGCCGCGCGGUUUAGAACUUACGUCGACUACCCCGUCAGAUGGACAGUUCCUCUGCCACCACGUCACCUUUACGCCAACGAGAAUGAUUCUGGAGGGCCCUUAUGUGAGCCAGUCGAACCGUGUCCUUCGCCUUUAUCAGCGCUUCCAGGACAACUUUCUAAGGGUCGACUUCAGGGACGAAGACCGCCUACAAUACCGGUGGGCGCGCGACGUCGAUGGGACAUCGUUACUGUUCGAUCGUGUUGGUGGCGUGCUCAAGAACGGCUUCGAGCUUGCAGGCCGUCAUUUUGAAUUCCUCGCGUAUUCGUCUUCCGCUCUGCGUGAGCAUGCGGUCUGGUUCAUGCACCCCUUCGAGCACCCGGAGAAGGGGCCCAUGACGGCGCAGAGGAUUAGGGAUUCACUUGGUGACUUCUCUGGGAUCAUCAGGCAGCCGUCGAAGUACGCCGCCCGGCUGGCACAGGCCUUUACCGCAACGGACCCUUCAGUGAAGAUUAGACGCGAACAGUGGGAUGAAAUGCCAGAUAUGGGUGAUAAACCAUACCUGUAUACUGACGGUGUUGGCACGAUAUCAGUUGAGCUCGGCGAUAUGAUUUGGGCUGCGCUAUGCAAGGACAAGCCUGAUUUGAUGCGUCGCGCUGUCAAGCCAUCUGCGUAUCAAAUCCGUUUCCUGGGUUAUAAGGGUGUGGUCGCCAUUGACGAGCAACUGCAAGGCAUCAAGAUGCGUCUGAGGGAAUCAAUGAACAAGUUCAAGGUCCACGAGGAGGAACUAGCGGAAAUCGAGAUUGCUCGUGCCUUCCAUUACCCUGGUACCUCGUACCUGAACCGACCACUAAUAAUGAUCCUCGAAGAUCUUGGGGUUGAGAAGAAGUCCUUCAUCGAGCUUCAGGAACUGGCCAAGGAGGACAUUUUUACUGCCCAUGACUCCAUGGAGAAAACCAUCAAGCUCAUGAAAGCGCACAGCCUUGGCAAGAGCUAUGGUCUCUCCUUCAUCAUAGAGUGGUUCCGGAAGCUGGGUCUGGGAUUCAAGCAUGAGAAAAACGUCCGGGCCCUUCAGGACCCAUUCCUCGAUCGCCUGAUUCACUAUGCGAAAAACCAUGUCCUGCGCGAUAUAAAGCAUGGCGCACGUAUACCAAUUCCCGAAAGCUAUCUUCUGGUUGGUGUUGCGGACGAAGGUCCAGCGUACGAGGCGGCAGGCAUGGAGAAUGUUUUCAGCUUGACUAAAGGUCAAAUUUAUGCUUGUAUUCAAGACUCUCCGGACAGCGAACCAAUAUACCUCAAAGGUUCCGUCACGAUCUCUCGUAGUCCGGCGGUACACCCAGGAGACAUUCAACGUGUGUUUGCGAUUGGUGCCCCACCACCAGACAAGAUAUGCUUCUUUCGUAAUUUGAAGAAUGUGGUAGUACUUCCUUCCACUGGUGGCCGAUCUCUAGCAUCUUGCCUAGGAGGAGGCGAUCUCGAUGGCGAUCUCUACUCUGUCAUUAAGUAUGGCCCUCUACUGCCGACGGACCAUGCGGACCCAGCAUCGUACGAAUCCGUGGGUACGCAUACGAUUGACCACGACAGCACUGUUGAGGACAUCUGCGACUUCGUUGUGCAAUACCUAGAUUCAGAUCUCUUAGGCCUGCUUUCUGACCGGCAUCUCAUCAUAGCGGAUCAAUCAAAGGAUGGUGUCAGAGAUCCCAAGUGCCUGGAGCUCGCCGCAUUGUGUAGUCAAGCGGUCGACUACCCCAAGAAUGGUGUGCCUGUGGACAUCCAUCACUCACCGCGGCUUCUUAUCCCAUACAAGCCUGACUGGCAUCAGGCCGAAGACGCUGCUCCUCGUACGACCGAUUACUAUGAGUCGUCGCGCGCACUUGGAGAUCUCUUCCGUAACAUCGCCAUUGUCGAUCCCACCACGCGCUCUCCCACUGCGGCCCCGAUAAAUGGAGCAGUCAAGCCCAAGGUCAAGCCCCUUUCGGACGCCAUCUCCUCUGCCCUCAAGCCUUACAUCCAAAUGCACUUGCAUCGCUUCCGCAAUGAAGAGAGCGACGUAGGCGAAAUGACGAAGCUCUUCCAGCGAUAUGUGGAUGAGCUCCGGUACAUUUGCAUGACACACGCGCUCUCCGAUGCGCCCGAUGUUCGCCUAAUGGAGGAGGAGGUUGCUGUCGGCACCAUCAUCGCGAAGUGCUCGCAGACGCGUUGGCGGACCGACCGCACGUUCCGCAUGCGGCUCCAUUCAGCGAUGCUUACACGCGACGUUGAUAAUCAGCUUUUCAAGCAGACGGAGACCCCCGCCCCUGGCGAGCUCCGAUAUGGCCUGUCGCAGGCUUGGCUAGCGUGGGAUUUCAGCAUGAGGAACAAGACAGUCUUCGGUGCGAAUAGCUUCGGGCUGAUUGCUCUUAGGAAUAUCUUCAAUAUUUUGGACCUGGUGGGAAGCGUUGUUGAAGCUGAAGAGUGA